AUGCACGAGCAUCUUCAGCGCGAGGGCGCUCUGUCGGCUAUCGCUAUGCUGAUUUCUGGCACCUUCAGCACGGUUAUCAUGAAAACUGAGUAUGCGGUGCGCUCGCAUGGCACGGCAACUUGUGUGGACCCACAGACCGGAGAGGAGACGACGUUGUGUCCCUUCGCCAAGCCCUGGUUCGGCGUGCUGCAGAUGAAGGUGGCCAUGACAUUAUGUCUGGCUUUCUUGUACAUGCGCAAGUGCUCGCAGCACCGUGAGUACCUGGAGACACCGGUGUUGAGGAUGUACAAGGACGGACGACGCUAUGUGGCUACUGCGCCGUCCGAGGAGGAGAUGUCAGCCAUCAAACGCAAGUACGCGGGCCAUGCCGAGGCCGAGAGCAAGGUAGAAGCGCUUAAGCGCAAGUAUCGACCGCAUAGCAGUGAAGACGUUAAUGAAGAGUCACCACUCCUGGCUCCAAGGCUGCUGGGAGGAGGGGGAGACCAGCACGGACGAGUGUCUCUACGUACGAUGGCGGCGAUUGCACUUCCAUCGCUGCUGGACCUGCUGCAGACCGUGCUGUGCAAUGUCGGGCUGUUGUGGAUUUCAUCAUCAGUGUUUCAGAUGGCCAGAGGCUCAAUCAUCAUCUUCAGCGCGUUCUUCUCGGUGCGACUCAUGGGCAAGAAGCUGUACGGAUACCACUACGUGAGUAUCUGGAUCGUCAUGCUCGCAGUUGCACUCGUGGGGUAUGCCGGCGUGGGGCACCACUCAAAUUCCACGGCUACAGAUAACGGCAACGCAUUUAACGCGGUGCUGGGGCUGUUUUUUGUCAUUGCAGCGCAGAUUCUGUGCGCGCUGCAGAUUGUGGUCGAGGAGCACAUGAUGUUGGCGCUUAACGUGAGCCCGAUGCUGCUUGUGGGCUUCGAGGGACUCUGGGGUCUGGUCUUCUAUGUAAUUCUGGUGCCGAUCCUCACGCUUUCGCCUGCAACGGGUUCGGCUUUCGCAACCACAUGGCACGAAGACUUUGUGGAUUCGUUUGUGCAGGUGAAGAACUCGCCCGCCCUCAUAAUGCUCAUUCUGGCCUACAUCGUGGCUGUGGGCACGCUCAAUGUCACUGGAAACUACGUCACCAAGCACUUGUCUGCCGUCAUGCGCAGUAUUACCGAGACGCUACGCACGCUCGGUGUCUGGAUGCUCAGCCUCUUUGUCUACUAUGUGGUGCAGUGGCAAGGUUCGGCGUCGCCAGGCGAGGAGUGGACGGCCUACAGCUGGCUCGAGCUUCUAGGCUUCGUGCUGAUGGUCUUUGGCACACUGGCGUACAAGCGGUUGAUCCACCUGCCAGUGGCGAAAAUGUAUGCAGCCGAGCAGCGCGAGUUGCGUCGCGGGCGCGGCGACGCCGUAAAGUCGCCAUUCAUGGGCAAUAUGCACAAGUAG